GGGCGCGUUUUCCGGGGCAAUGGCGGCCAAGGCCUUCAAAGUGCGGACCGGGCCCGGAGGGAGCAAAUACGGGCUGGCGGCCGGGAGCCUCGCGGAGCUGCUGCGGAAGGCCUCCCUGCUGGAGCCGCCCUUGGUCGCGGGCUGCCGACUGGGCCGCUACGAGGACGGCGUCGAAAUCAGCGAGGAGGCUUUCCGUGCCCUGCCCGAGGACGCCGAGCUGAUCCUGUUGCGGCCCGGAGAGGAAUGGAGCGGAUACGUCAGUGAGAUCGAGCGCUUCCUGCGUGCUUUCUCCAACUGCUCCUCUGGCGUGCUCCACGCAGCUCAGGGGCUCCUGUCAGGCGAGGAGGCUCCCAAGAGGUGCAAACUCCUGUCUGACCUGAUUCAGAACCUCAGUGAAAAUAUUUCUGCAGAAAGCCGGAAGGAAGACGAGGUGUGGUUUGAAGGGGUUGAAUCUCGGUUUAAGACCAAGUCCAGUUAUAUGCGCCAUAGUUGUGAGAACAGAAUCCGUGGAUACAUGAAAGAGGUUGGGGCUUACAUUUCUGCCGUCCCUCCCGCCCUCCAAAUGAAAUUCAGCGGGGUCGCUGAAGCCAUGCUGGAGAAACUGAAGUUGGAGAAGUACAAUGGUUUCUAUUUCGACCGGAAGGAAGAGACCAAAGACCGCCUCUGCACACCGGAAGGCUGGUUCUCGUGCCAAGGCCCCUUUGACACCGAAGACUGCUGCUGGAGACACUCCAUCAACCCUUACGGGAACAAAGAAAGCCGAAUUCUGUUCAGCACGUGGAACCUCGACCACAUAAUUGAGAAGAAACGGGCUGUCCUGCCCACCUUAGUCGAGGCCGUGAAAGGCUGCGACGGGAAGGAAAUUGACUGGGAAUAUUUUUACCGGCUCUUGUUCACCACGGACAAUUUGAAACUGGUGCACAUUGUGUGUCACAAGAAAACAGUCCACAACCUCGGCUGCGACCGGACAAAAAUCUACCGUAAACGAAAGACAGGCCGGAAGGACAGGCCUCUUUGCAGCCACACCCCGAGAUCCUGGGUUCAAACGUCAAAAACUAAACAAAAAAAUGACUCGAAACUUCCUAAAAAUAGAACAACGAAAACCCCCCAUCCUAUAGCCAAGAAGGGAUCCGCUUAACGGCUGUGCCGUUUGCUUAACAACCACUGCAAAAGAGGUCGAAUCAAAUUUGCCUGGCCAGGGAGUCAUUUUUGUUAUUUAAAAUUUUAAAUGAUUGUUUUUACUCCAUAUUUUUUAAAAAGAGUAAAAAUGAAAAAUAAGAUUUUUAAGAAGUUACAAAAAUUAAUUAGUGAAUAUUAUAGCUGUUUUUUCCCCACCUCAUUAAAGGCAUUCAUUGAAGGCUGCAACUUGGUUAGCCACCUUGUGAAAUCACCCUGCAAGCUGGAAUUGUUUCAUUGCGGGUUGUGUGAACCCAGAAAAACUGUUCACUAGCCAGGUUUAGCUGUGAAAAAUAAGGGCAGGAGGUGCUGACAUGUUUUCAUCCAUUUUUGGACCUCUUCCUGGGUUUAAGUAUCCGCCUACUAGAUUAUAUAAAUAAUAAAUUUUAGUUUCUCAUUACUGAUGUAAGUGCACCAAUUCAGCCCUCAGGGAUGAAAUCAAUUCCUUUCAUUCAUCGUGAUGAUUUAAUUUCAGCAAAAAAAAAAAAAAGCUUUAUUAUUGCAGUGGUAAUCUUGGGCACCAAGGGGCAAAAUCUCGUGAACAUUUGUAUCUUUUAAAAAAUGCCGUGUUCCGAACUCUGCAAGAGAUCCUUUUAUUCAUAGUUAGGGGCAGAUGUACCCAAACUGGGAGGGCACACACAUCUGCCAUCAUGGUUUUUUU